UUUUUCCCCACCCCAUAGCCCCAAGCCGGGCCGAGCUCCUCCGCUACCGACGGGAGAGGCGGCGGGGCUUGGCGCUCGCCGGCGCACCACCCUCCUCUCCCUCCUCCCACCUCCCAUGAAACAACGGCGAGGUCGGCACGCGGAAGCGGGCGGCGGAGGAAUCGGCGGCGGGGGAGCUCGGCGGCGGGGGAGCUCGACGUCGGCCGGCGAGGGCGCCGUCGCUUCACCACCUCUGCGGGCGAGCUCCUCUCGUCGCCGCCGGAUGGGAUGGCGAACUCGGCACGGAUCUGGCUCGGAUUCGGCGCCCCUACUCUUCCUCUCCGGCGAGCUUUUUCACUCACUCACUGUGUUUCUCUCACAAAAUUUGCUGAGGUUCUCGGAGCCAAAACUAGCCAUGCGAACCUGGUGAAAACGUGGGCCCCAUCUCCUUCUCUCCUCCAUGCACGCAUUGGACCGACAUGGACAGAGAUUACCACACGCCACCUCACCGCAUCGUGAAUGGCCUAACGUUGGGCCUGCAUAACCAGUUUUUGGGCUAGUCAGGCCCGUUUACAAACCAAGCCACAAGGUUAUAAGCCCACACACACGUCUCUCUUCUCUACUCGUCCCCCUCCGCCGCACCCGCCGACCCCUCCUCUCUCGUCCCCGGCCCGACGGAGGUGGAAAAAAAAAAGAAAAAGAAAAAAAAACUCAAACCGCCGCACUCGCACAUCCGGCUCGCCAUAGUCCCCCUCUUCUCCAACGAAAUCUUCGCCGUGUCAACCCGCGCCUCCGAUUUCUCCAGCUUUUCUUUCCCGGGAUUGCGCGCGUGCUCCCUCCCGCUCGAUCCGGCUCCGCUUGCCCGUGCUAGCCGCGGACUCGGGGGGUGGCUCUCACCUGUUGUGAGGCCGCUAGGGUUUCAGCUCGAGCUCUGGAGCCGUAGGGCGCCGGGAUAUGGCGGCCCAGGGCGGGGAGGCGGCUGCCGGAUCCGACGCCAAGCCCACUGCGUAAACAGGUUUCGGAAAGCUAGGAUCAAAGAUCUACUGGUGAAACCAUUUAGCACGUGAGGACCUGCUUUUUAGGAGUCUGUUUUGUGAAGUAAUGCCCUAAGUGGCACAGGCAUGGAGCAGCCAAGUCCAUCUCCAUAUCAACCUUCAGCUUCUGAUCAUCAUUUGUGGUCUUCUUCGACUGGUGCUCCCUGGAACUAUUCAAUGAAUAACUCUAACCAAAACACAGUUUAUUAUGACCCACAAAGGGAUGUGUCAGUUCCAGGAUCUACUGAAAAUGUGACAAGUGGUGCAACUCAUGUGGUCCAAUCAGCUAUGGGCAUUACUGGUGCAACUGAUUCUUAUGCUCCUUACUCGAAUUCUGUUCAACCCGGUUACAAUGCUCCACAGUAUCCAAACUAUUACUAUAACUGUCCACAAAGUACAAAUGAAUCUUCUGUUCAACAAGGAGUAGAUCAAAGUUCAGGUGCUGCUUAUCAGCCUCUUACUUCAUUUCAGAAUUCAGGAUCUUAUGUUGGUCCUACAAGUAACACAUAUUAUAAUGCUGGUGCUCAUCAGACUGCACCGGGAUAUGCUACCAGCAACAAUUAUUAUCAAAGCAAUUCCUGGACUGGCGGAAGUUCUGGAGAUAAUCAUGUACAAUCAUAUCAGAGCUAUACUCCAUCAGAUACUAAUGCAGCCCAGAGUUCUAGUUCACUACCCAACAAUUCUUACCAUUAUCAUCAGCAGUAUAAUCAAUGGCCUUAUUAUUAUGAUCAGUCCGCACCAAGUUCUGGUGGUCCUGCAGUUGCUGUCAGCAGUGUUUCUGAUGCAAACACUGCCAGCGUCAGUUCUGGUUAUGUUUAUCCGAGCACCCAACCACCUCCACCAGGCACUACAUGGAGAAGUGAUGCUGGUGCAACUGCUGUCCCUCCCCCGCAGGCACCAGGAACCCCAGUGUUUCAAAAUCAGCAUGUCAACCAGGCAGCAGGUCCCCCAGGGUAUCAAAACCAGUAUGUCAACCAGGCUCCAGGCACCCCAGGAUUCCAAAACCAGUAUGUUAACCAGGCACCAGCUGUCCCAGGAUUUCAGAACCAGUAUGCUAACCUAGCACCAACAUAUCAACCGGGCACUACAUACUAUAGUCAGUUACCACUAAGUAACCAAGCAGAUCAACAGAAGGCUUCACGUUGGCAGGGUCCAAUUUCAAACGUUUCUUCAGUCAAUCAUGUUUCUGAAAGUUCUCAACCAACUUUUCAGGGUUCUGCGACAUCAGAUGCUCUCAGGGUAAACAAAAUCCAGAUCCCAACAAAUCCUCGAAUAGCUCCAACUCUUCCUAUGGCAAUGCCCAAAGUAGAGAAGAGAAAUUUAGAAGCUGAUUCAUCAAAAAAGCCUGCAUAUGUUAGUGUCGCAGUGCAAAAGAAUGAUGUGAAAGCAGCUCAAGAUGGUCACGAAGCUGUAACGCAGGGAUCAAUCCCUGUUUCGCUUCGUACUUAUGUUGGGCGGAAUGUUUCCCGUUGCAAGGAUGAUGCCCAGAGGUCUGCCGUGCAGAACAUCUUGAAAGAGAUAAUCACCAAGGCAACUGCUGAUGGUAUCCUUCAUACUAAGAACUGGGACAUUGAGCCACUGGUUCCUUUGCCAGAAAACAUUACAAGCACAAAUUUGACAAGCUCUGCAAAGGAUUUGAGCCCCUUCUCCUUCUCAACUUCUAGGAGGAGCCCUAGUAGACGUGCAAAAAGCAGGUGGGAACCUGUUGUAGAAGAAAAGGUUGCAAAUAAGGUGGAAUUGAUUUCCAAAGAAUCAGCAAAGACCAAUACCUACAAUAGUUCAGAAACAACUAAAAGAGCGGGUAGAAGUUGGGAUAUUGGGAAGUUUCUCCAAUCCCGUCAGGCUCCUUUAAGUCAAUAUAAUCAGAGACCUAGUAAAAAGAAGCGGAUUGGUGGUAACUCAAGUCUAACUGAAAAUGGAAAUGUUUCAAGUGACAGUGAUAAGGAGCAGGAUCUGACAAAAUAUUAUGCUAAUGCAAUCACAAUAGCAAAUUCACCAGAGGAGAAGAAACGCCGGGAGCAUAGAUCCAAGCGUUUUGAACGUAGUCAGGGUGCUGCAUCCUCAAAAUCUAGGAGCUCUGUUCCAGAUAAGGAUGGAACAUCCAAUACAUAUGCUAGGAGAUCUAUGCCAAUGCUUCUUAGCAGAAGUAAUGGAGAUGAUGUUAGCUUCGCUGUGGAGGAUUUGGAUUGGGAUGCACUGACUGUCAAGGGAACAUGUCAGGAAAUUGAGAAAAGAUACCUUCGUCUUACAUCAGCACCUGAUCCUGCCACAGUAAGGCCAGAAGAUGUUUUAGAGAAAGCUCUUCAUAUGGUUGAAACAUCUCAGAAGAAUUAUCUGUAUAAAUGUGACCAACUAAAAUCAAUUCGGCAAGAUCUUACUGUUCAGAGGAUUCAGAACGAGCUGACUGUCAUGGUUUAUGAAACUCAUGCGCGCUUAGCACUUCAAUCUGGAGAUUUACCUGAAUUCAAUCAGUGCCAAUCGCAACUGAAGAGAUUAUAUGCAGAAGGAAUCAAAGGCUGUCAUUUCGAAUUCUCUGCUUACAACUUGUUGUGUGUCAUGUUACACUCUAAUAACAAAAGAGACUUGCUUUCUUCAAUGGCAAGCUUGCCAAAGGAAGCCAAGCAAGACAGAACUGUCAAACAUGCUCUUGCAGUUCAUUCCGCUGUUUCAUCUGGAAACUAUGUUCUAUUUUUCAAAUUAUACAAGACCGCACCUGACUUGAAUUCUUGUCUUAUGGAUCUCUAUGUUGAACGGAUGCGCUUUGAGGCUAUAAAAUGCAUAUCUAAAUCAUAUCGCCCAACUUUACCUGUAAAAUAUGCUGCACAAGUUUUGGGAUUCAUGGCAAUUGACGAAGUUUGUGAAGCUAAAAGAGCUGAUGGAUUGGAAGAAUGUGAAGAAUGGUUAAAAGCGCAUGGUGCUGUUCUUUCAGUAGAUAACAAUAACGGAGAAUUGCAGAUAGACACAAAGGUUUCUUCUACUUCCCUAUACAUGCCGGAACCUGAUAAUGCUGUUUCACAUGGUGAUGCAUCACUUGCUGUGGAUGAUUUUUUGGCACGAACAUCAUAGGUGAUGCCAUGCUGAGCAUUUUUAUCACUCAUGUGGCACUGAACUUCGAAGGUAUUUCUCGAUUGCAUGUAGCAAUGCCUGUAGAGGAAUGUUCUGUUAAAUGCAGGGUAGGACCUUGAAAUGGAUCAGCUGAAGGGGGAAGCACGGUCCCUUGUCGAAGAGAACAGAAUGCACAUGAGCAGGUCGCUUUCUAUUAUACUCAAAACGUGCUCUGGGCCUCUGAAUCUCAGAUGCUGUGGGAUCGUUGGCAUGUUGCUAGCUCUACAGCCCUGCAGCAGUUCCAUUUUGACAAACAAAAUUCUGGAGGCAGCAUUAACCGAAAAAAAAAAACCCUCCUCGAAGUAUACAUUGGCGGGCAUUACUUUUGUACCGUCCCAGCCAGACGACAAGUGUACAUGUUGAGAUGUAGUCGUACCUUCAGGCUUCAGUGUAUUGUACAAUUUUUGUUUACAUCGGUGACCCUGAUGUUACUCAUUUCAUUGAUCAACUGCAAAUAGUUAAUACAAAUUUGGAAGUACUCAUGUUGGUCGACUA